AUCUCCGGUGAUAUGAGGAGCCGCAGGUUUUUCAGGAGCAACAGGUGCUUGGAGAGAACCAACCUGUGAGUUUAUCAGACUGUGGGACUAUCUUUAGGAAAAAGAGAAAAAAAAAAAAAUCCCAGAAGACUCCGGCGGAGUCGCUGCCGUUUUCAUCCGUUUCUCCUAAUUGACUCUUCACCAGUAGGCUGAACAUGGUGGUACAACAGACAUCGUAGCGGUGACGGUGGAGCAGCAGCGAACGGAUCAGAGAUUUUGGGAUUAAAUCAUUACAUAUGGGUGAGACUGAAGAUGAGCGCACAUCACAGGCCGGCCAGCUCUUUGAAAACUUUGUCCAGGCGUCCACCUGUAAAGGGACGCUGCAGGCCUUCGGUAUCCUGUGCAGGCAGCUGGAGCUGGAUCCGCUGGACUACAGCAACUUCUACAGGACCCUGAAGGUGGCGGUCAGCUCCUGGAAGGUCAAAGCUCUGUGGACCAAACUGGACAAAAGGGCACAACAUAAAGUGUACAACCAGAGCCAAGCCUGCCAGGGCACCAGGUGUUUGAUCAUCGGCGGGGGCCCGUGUGGUCUUCGUACGGCCAUCGAGCUGGCCCUGCUGGGCUGUAAGGUGGUGGUCAUUGAGAAGAGAGACACCUUCUCCAGGCACAACGUGCUCCACCUGUGGCCCUUCACCAUCCACGACCUCAGGGGCCUCGGAGCCAAGAAGUUUUACGGAAAGUUCUGUGCCGGCUCCAUCGACCAUAUCAGUAUCCGUCAGCUCCAGCUGAUGCUGCUGAAAGUCUGCCUCAUUCUGGGAGUGGAAAUUCACGUCAACGUAGAGUUCGUCCAACUUGUUGAGCCUCCAGAGGAGCAGACUGAUGACAGUCCUGGGUGGCGAGCUGAGGUCCAGCCCUCUGACCAUCCUGUGUCGGAGUUUGACUUUGAAGUAGUGAUUGGUGCCGAUGGACGCAAAAGUACAUUAAAAGGUUUUAGCCGUAAGGAGUUUCGUGGGAAGUUGGCCAUCGCCAUAACGGCCAACUUUGUCAACCGGAACACCACAGCAGAGGUCAAAGUGGAGGAGAUCAGUGGGGUGGCCUUCAUUUUUAACCAGAAGUUCUUUCUGGAACUUAAGGAGGAGACGGGAAUUGAUUUGGAGAACAUAGUUUACUACAAAGACCACACCCACUACUUCGUCAUGACGGCCAAGAAGCAGAGCCUGCUGGACAAAGGCGUCAUCAUAAAUGACUGUAUAGAAACAGAGCAUCUCCUGAGCAACGACAAUGUCAGCCAGGAAGCCUUGCUGUCCUAUGCACGCGAGGCAGCGGACUUCGGCACCAACUACCAGCUGCCGUCUCUGGACUACGCCAUCAACCAUUACGGGCAGCCAGACGUGGCCAUGUUUGACUUCACCAGCAUGUACGCGUCGGAGAACGCUGCCUUGAUCAGGGAGAAACAUGGUCAUCAGUUACUGGUGGCAUUAGUGGGAGAUAGUCUCCUUGAGCCGUUCUGGCCGAUGGGUACAGGUUGUGCCCGAGGUUUCCUGGCAGCCUUUGACACAGCUUGGAUGAUAAGAGGAUGGGUGCAAAGCCGGAGUCCUCUGGAGAUACUGGCUGAGAGGGAGAGCAUCUACCGCCUGUUGCAUCAGACCACUCCUGAGAAUAUCAGCAAAAACUUUGACCAGUAUACCAUUGAUCCAGGAACCCGCUACCCCAACCUCAAUUCCAGCUGUGUGCGCCCCCACCAGGUGCGUCACCUGCUCAUAGAUGGCCAAGAGGACUUGUAUCACCUAGAAAAAGGCGGACCCACACGUAGAUCAGUCAACCUGUCCAGAAAAGAGUCUGAGGUGCGUCCUGGCCGGUUGCUGACCUGGUGUCAGAAGCAGACUCAGGGCUACAGGGGCGUUGACGUAACCAACCUCACCUCUUCCUGGAAGAAUGGCCUGGCCCUCUGCGCUCUCAUACACCGCCAGCGGCCUGAGCUGAUUGACUUUGACUCUUUCAAUGAGGAGGACGUGUCCAGAAACAACCAGCUGGCUUUUGACAUCGCAGAGCGGGAGUUCGGGAUCCAGCCAGUAACUACGGGAAAGGAAAUGGCUGCAGAGGUGGAACCAGACAAACUGCUGAUGGUCCUCUACCUCUCCAAAUUUUACGAGGCCUUCAGGAACUCGCCAGGAAACAACCACGGUACAAGAGAUCUAGAUGAGAAUGGUGACGAACACUUGACGAAAAACAACCACAGCGUACUCAAUUUGCUUCAGCCAAGAAAGAGAAUACCCAGGGAUGACAAAAAACUGGAAGAUGACUCUGCUAACAAGAGACGGCGAAAGGGCAACCACUACCUCACAGAGAUAUCCUGUCACAGUGCUCCACCUGCUGGUGAGGAUGGAGAGUUACGGGAGAACAAAGUCCGCUCUAUGGCGUCACAGCUGCAGGCCAAGUUUGAGGAGAACUCGUCCACGACAAAGCUUCGGAAUAAGUUUGACAAGGACACCUUACAUCCAUCCUUCUCUCCUCCUCCAUCUCCUGCCUCCUCUCCUCUUCCUGUCUCAGAGGAGGAGGAUGACGAGGAGAACCCUCGCUUUGCCAAACCCAAGGAGGAUGUCCCUCCUCCUCUUCCUCCUCCUCCACAGCUUAAGUGGCAGCCUUCCGUCUACCUGCAUUUGCUGGAGAAUCCUGGUGCAGCUGCUCCGCUUUAUUUCCAGAAAUCCUCUCCCUCUCACAGCAGCUACAGUCACUCUCUUUCACCGUCACGCUCGAAGAACACGUUAACUCUCUCCCGCUCACCCAGCCCGACCCACCGGCACUACCCAGAACACACCUCUCCUGACCUGUCAGCCAAUCAUUUCUCAGCUUCUUGUCUGUCAGUUUUGGGUGUUGAUCUUCUUUCUGAAGGACCACAGGAAGCGAUGCAACAGAGUAACGCUCAGAGACUGUCGGCGAGAGACUUUUCUCGCAGGAGCAUCAAGGAGAGAGCGGUCAUCCUCUGUUCCAUGUUUCCUGGGUCCAGCAAACCUCUUCCUGAGCCUCUUUCUCCUUUUUCAGAGUCUCAGGUGGAACCAUCUACCUCCUCCCCUCCGUCUCUGUCCUCUUUUCGUUCUCCCUCUGUAUCGCAGACGUCCAGUAGCUACUCCGUGGUCCAGCCACUCUCAGAUCCCGCUGGCCACACUUGUUCCUCCUCGCUGUCUCCAAACAUCUCAGGAAGCAAGAUUCAGAAUGACUCUUCCAUCCCUUUAUUGUACAUUGAAACCUCAGAGAAAACCUCCCGUCUUCCAUCUUUGUCUCACGCUAAUGAUGGUCAGAUGACCUCUUCACCUUCAGAUGAAAGCUGUCAAAGGAGACAAGAAGUCUCCUCUUCUCGCCCACUUCCGUUACCACACGAGGGAACGUGCGAGAGGCGGGAUGACCUUUCUAACGGUGGCGUUCAGAUCAGUGUUGAGCAAGAGCGGGAGACUGAGACUUUGAGCAGUGACGUCACGGCUGAAAGUACUCAGGUGAAGUAUGUUGGGAGCUGUGCUCUCCACAACCCCAGAAGAAUCACUAAAACGUUGGUGGCUCACUCUGAAAGCUUUUCUGCUGGAGCUCCUAAUUACAUAAAAGAGCGCACUGUUGGAAAGGUAUCGUCAGCCAUAGAUGCUAAAGCUCAGAUACUGGCCAUCCUCUAUGAGACAGACCACAGACCCAGUGCCAUGCCGUGUUCAGUGCGGAAGGACUUCCCUCCUGGACUUGGCGGCAGCGAUAUCUGUCACUUCUGCUCCAAGCGGGUGUACGUGAUGGAGCGACUGAGCGCAGGCGGCUACUUCUUCCACCGCGAGUGUUUCCGCUGUAAUGUCUGCAACUGCACCCUCCGCUUGGGAGGCCACGCCUUCGACUCACAGGAAGGAAAGUUCUACUGCAAAAUGCACUACGCUCAAUGGCAGUCCAGCGCUCACCUGAGCAGGGUCAGGAGGAGAACGAAUAACCAAACGGGAGUCACACCCUCACUGCGGCAGAGCGGGAAAUACUUGACGGCGGGUGGCGUGCAGAUCCAGCCUGCAGCUGGAACAUCCAGCCUGCUCUCAGAGAAAGUUGUUAGAGGGAUGAAAGGAGACCGUGAUGACACAGAGAUGGCUGUGGAAGCUCUGGAGACCUCCUGUGUCGAGAAUCCAUCUGUGAAAGGUAACAUGGAGGAAGAGAACCAAAGCCAGGAUGGUGCCAAAGAGCACCUUAAGUCCAGACAGAAUAAUCGGUGGAAGAGGAAGCUCCAAGCCACAUUCCCUCUGGUUUUCGUCAAACGAUUCCAGAAAAGCUGGACACUGGACAGAGAAGAACCAGAAACCGUCCCUGAAGCGGAUUGUGACGUUGAGAUCGCCUCAGCAAAUAAACAAUCUAAACUUGGUGAUGGAUCCAAGACAUCAGCCGACAACCCGAGUCCUCCAGAGAGUAGCGAUCGGACUGAAGAGCCUUCAGUCUGCAGCUCUAUCAGCCAGAAGAAACGCUUGACAAUAAAGCUUUCUGACAAGGAGAAACUUCUGAACUGGGAUGUGCAGGAAACGUUCGACGCCAAGACCGCACAGCAACCGAAGAACCAGGCUCCAGCAGAGACAGAAGCAGAUAAGCCUCAGCUCCACUCGGGCCAGGAGGAGGAAGUGGCCCAAAUCCAAACCUCUGCCUCGCCCCUGUCAGCUUUCCAGCUCAUAGCCAACGCCUUCAGGAGAACGUUUAGUGUGACCAAUCCCUCCAGUGGCGCCAGCGCAACAGCCUCAAUGAGGACCAAAGGGGUUGGCCCCCACAAACCGAGGCCCAUGUCAGAAGGGACUUUUAAACUUGGUCCGCUCUUCAGCACUUUGCCUCCAGACCCAUUCAAAGAGGAAAAGAAGAGCGCCAAGCGAGACUCCAACCCUUGGUGUGCGUCCUUAGGGACUGAUCCAUGGGGGAGUGGGCAUGACCUACCUUCUCUGUUGCAGCAGGUGUCUCUACAGACCCGGAAAAGCUCUGGAGGGGUCUUCGUUGAUGACAUGGCCUCGCUGCCUCGCCGGAGACUUGAUUUGUUCUCCUCCCUGCGGCUGAGGAAGAGGGAGGGGUCAGAGAGCAAGGGGAAGGAGCAAAAAGUUCAAAAGGAAAUCAGGACUAUCCUCACCAACCUCAGGAAGAAAGCUGCCAGCCAACAGAAUUUGGAAGAACUUUCCUCCACUGAUGAUGAAAAUGAAAACCCACCAUCCAGUCAGAAGGUGUGUACAGAGCGACAGAGGAGGAAACAGGAGAAAACAGCAGCCCAACAAGCUAAGCGAGAGCAGUUGAAGAGGCUUCAUAGAGCUCAGGUCAUCCAGAGACAACUGGAGGAGGUUGGAGAAAAGCAGAGAGAUCUGGAAGAGAGAGGAGUGGCCAUCGAGAAAGUCCUACGAGGAGAAUCAGAUGGCGCUCAGCCAGAUGACGCAGAGGAGGCCCAGCUCUACCAGUCCUGGUUUAAACUCGUUCUGGAGAAGGACAGAUUGGGACGCUAUGAAUCUGAACUCAUGAUCUUUGCUCAAGAGCUUCAGCUGGAAGACACGCAGGGCCGACUGCAGCAAGACCUACGGCGCAGAAUGGCGAAAGAUGAUACAAAGAAGAGCGAAUCCGAGUUGCAGGAGGAGCAAGAGAUCCUGGCUGAGAUCAUGAGGACGGUGGAGAAGCGGGACAUGUUGGUCUCUGUCCUUGAGGAGCAGAGGCUGAAAGAGAAGGCUGAGGACAGGGACCUGGAGAGCCUGGUGCUGUCCAAAGGCUACGAGUUCCACUGGACACCGGGGGACGAAAGCUGGAGUGAGCCGGAGCAGGGAGGAGUGGAAGGUGUUACAUUCUGAAAGGUGACGCUCCUGGUCUAGAAAAGGUGCUGAGGAGGGUAGAUUUCCUCCGACUCAUCCAGCGGUUUCUUCACCCUCAGGAACUUGAUGAGGUUUCAUAUUUUCAUGAACUGCUGAGUUGGGAAAACCGGUGGUUUGGCUUGAAUCCUCAGGAGUGAAGUCUGUCUGCCUUGAUGUGCAACGUGCCUUCAUUUUUGCACACUUCAUCAUCUCCAUUACAGCACUGUUUGCCUUAAAAGUGAAGUCACUGUGGUGAAUUUUCCUAUUGUUGGAAUGCACACUUAUCCUAAAGAUUCCAUGUUUUGCACAGUGUGAAUGGAUUUUGUCCUUAAAAUUGGUUUUAUUUAAUUUCCUGUUUGUCACUUUAGUUAUGCUGUUUUCUUCCCACUUUCCCUGGAAUGCUGAUACAUUCCCAUUCCGAUUCUUUUAACUACAUUCUUUAUUAAUAAAGAAAGAAACGACCCUUUAACUCCUCCGUGAAAACGCAGCUGCUAAAGCUGCAAAGUCGGUCUUGGCCGUCACGCUUCAGGGAAAAAAGUGUUGCUGCACAGCUGGAAAAGUUGGUGCAUGCCUGGCCCCGCCCCCAUCUGUGAUGUCACAUCACUUGCCUCCAAUCAGCUGUUGGGACAGAAUGCAAGCUGUGACAUCACUGUGGUAAAAGUUGUGCAGCCAGAGGGGCAACGUGUGUGGAGGUUAAAUCCAUGUAAAGUGAUUUUUGUGCUUCGCGUGAUCAUCAGUGCGAGUUUGUCUUUUUGCUCAACUACUGAGGAACUCGUGGUUGCACGUUGCCGUUUUUACGGACUACGAGUCCUCUGUACUUCUGAUCGACAGAUGAAUCAUGUUUGUUUACAUCAGUUAUAACUCCCAGAAUAAAUAACUAUUCCUGUUUGAAAUCCUGA